AUGUCUACGUCCAGUCAAUUUCACGGGUCGAAACUCAGCACGGGGAACAACAGCCGACCGUCGAGUAAAGAUGGACCGAAGAAGAAUAUCUGGUCGUCGAUGCUGGACAGCGUCGCGAAUGGAAAGCGCUUGCCGGAGAAGAACCUCCUGAUUCUCGGAGGUACGCCGGAAAGCCAGAGAGAGUUUCUAGAGACCUUUGCGGCCGACACGUCGGAUCCUAACCUGUCAAACGAGAAACGGAAGGGCAGAGUUCCGCCUGUCGCCAACCAGUUCGCGUUGGGAUACACAUAUCAGGAUGUGCUGGACGCCGACCAGGAAGAUACGUUGGCACGCGUGUCCGCAUAUCUGCUUUCCGAACCUUCGCUGUCCUUCGCGCCCCUCCUUAAACCCCUCCUCACCCCCAAUUCUGUCCCGGAAACACUGGUGGUAAUUCUCCUCGAUUGGUCGGAACCGUGGAUUUGGAUCCGGCAAUUGAGGGAAUGGGUCCGUCUCCUGCGACACGUGCUCAUUUCUCUCGACGACGAGACGAAGAUCGUGAUGGAGGAGACCAUGACAGACUGGCGAGACCGGAAGAGGGGGAUGGACGCCAAUUCGGCGGGCGCGCAGGGACUGACCAGCUCUGGCGGACCGGUGACGAUACCUUUAGGCCCCGGUGAAUGGGAUGAGGGACUAGGCAUUCCCAUGUGUGUGGUUUGCCAGGGGGCGGAUAAGAUCGAAAAGCUGGAGAAAGACCACGGCUGGCACGAGGAAGAGUUUGACUUCAUUCUUCAGUUCCUACGAACCAUUCUUCUCAAACAUGGCGCUUCUCUUAUCUACACCACACCAUUCCUCGCCAACUCCCUUCAGAGCCUCCUACAUUCGUCCUUGGGGAUACAUUCACUGCUGAAGAGACAAUCACUCAAACAUAACGUGAUCGACCGGGAUAAGAUCCUGGUGCCAUCGAACUGGGACUCCUGGGGAAAGAUCCGGAUCAUCCGAGAUGGAUUCGACAUGGAAGGAAUCUCGACUGCGUGGUCGAUCGAGAUCCAAGAACCCCCGGAGCCACUAACCUACGGACCUGUCGAGGAGGAAGAGCCCAAAGACGAGGCAUCCGCCGGACUAGAGGAAGGGACCAGCGCCGUGGCCAUCUUCGAGCAGACGAUCAAGGAUCCCAAGCGUGACACUUCGCUGGCGCUCGCUAGCCAACAAAACAAGAAGAAGAUCGAGGUCGAGACCACUGACAUGCAGACGUUCUUCAGCAAACAGCAGGAACUCCUGGAGCAACUCAAGAUCGAAGACGAGAAGGACCGCGCGGUCAACAAGAUGCCGCCUCAGCUGGAAAUGUCGCCUCUGGAGGACAGCGGCCGCGUGAACGAGCACAUCGGUCCCGUGCAAUUCAACAUGGGUGGAAUCCAGGUCGACGCCGAUGAUAUGUUACGAAAACUUAAGGAGAGAGAGGCCAGUCGCGCUCAAACUCAAAGGAAGGAAACAGUCUCGUCGCCCCCGGCCCCCGGCAACGAAAAGGCUCACAAUCAAGCCCUGGCGAACUUCUUCGCCGGCUUGGUUAAGAAACCAUCCGGAAGUCCACGAGGUAGUCCGUCGGCGUAG